UUGCUUAAACUCCCUAUUGAAGUAAUAGACGAAGGGAAAGGUAUGAGUCAGAGAGAUAACGUACAAGAAAUACUGGAUACACAAGCAAUCAAAAGAGAUUUCAGGCCCUGAAGUAGAUUAAGAGAUGGCAGCCGCUGCACCAUCGUCACUGGCCAGCUCUGAAGAGACGACAAAUGGAAGCAAACUCAGCAGACUUAUAAUCGAUGGUGGAACAACAGUGUUACGAAAGAUUUUCGACACUCAUCACCCUCCUUUACAGCUAUCUGCAGGUCUCAGUGCUAACUAUUCACUCCUGAGUAGUUUGUUAAAGAAAAAGGUCUUGCGAGUUGCUCAGUGGGACCAGUUGUUCCCACACGGGGGAGCUUCACCAGAUUCCAAAACCUUUGAUAUUACUCUUCUCUUUCUUCUUCUUACUAAUAUAUGCGGACUAUCCCCUCCCCCACUUGGAUGGCAUGCAAAGCCUUCUCCCGGUGACACCUCUCUUGAAGCGAACCUCGUUCGAGUGAAGCUCUUCCGAAAUAAGCUGUAUGGCCACGUGUCCGCGACUAGUAUCGACUCGCUCACUUUCUCCUCUCUGUGGCAUGAUAUUAGUGUUGUGCUUGUUACUCUUGGUUUGAAUCAGGCAGAGGUGGAUCGAUUAAAGGCGGAAAACUGUGGAGAGGAGGAAUAUCUUGACCUGUUACUUAAAUGGUGUGAAAGUGAAGAAGAAAUCAAGUCACAGUUGAAUGACAUUCAUCACUCGCAAACUGGAGUGCAAAAAAGUAUUGAAGAUAUAUGCCAGACUCAGCUGAUAGGUCACCAGUUAGUUCAGGAUAGCAACAUUAAACUCGACGAGAUACACAGUUUCCGGUGUAAAGAACGCAAACGAAUGAAAGAACAGCGACAUUGCCUCGAAGAACUACGUCAAAUUCAAAUUAACGAUCAGAGAACAUUAGCGGAAAGUAAGAUCAAACUUGACGAGAUGUCUCAGUUACAAACAAAAUCAGACCAAUGCGUCAAAGUGGUACAUGAGACGCAGUUGGAAACACUCAAAGUACUCGACGAUAGCACAGUCAGAUUGAGAGAGGUACAUCAGACUCAAAUUGACACAAAGGAAGCUAUCCAUAAAUUGCAUCAGUUGCAUCAAGAAGAUUACAAAGAAGCUGACGAGACAAAAUCCAAACUCGAGAAGGUCCUACGAAAUCAAGAAAGGCACCUUGAAGCUUUUAAGCACAUUGAGCAUGGAGAGAAAAAUGCGACAGAGGAAGCUAGAAAUCAGAAAGAGAAUGAAAUCCUAACAAAAAUCGCAAAAGUUGACUCAGAAAAAGAAGUCAAAUACCACACAGAAAGGUAUCUAGAAGGAACUCGUGUGUCCAUUAUCACGACGGUAGAGAAUUGGUUGGACGAUAGAGGCUCUCAAAAUCGUGUGACCGUGAUAAGUGGAAAUGCAGGGAUCGGGAAAUCUGUCAUCUCUGCAGUUGUCUGCAAAAAACUACWAGAAGCUGGCAGAUUGUCAUGCAGUCAUUUUUGUCAGCAUGAUAAGGCGCGCUACAGGAAUCCAAAAGUGAUGCUCCAGUCCUUGGCAAGCCAGUUGUCAGAAUCCCUACCUGAGUACAAGAAAGCCAUCGUCAAUUCACUUUCUAGGAAUCUGGGGGUCGAGCUUAACAACGCGGAGGUAAAAGAGCUAUUUGAAUUGCUCUUUCAAGUACCUCUCAAAAGCCUCAAAGCCCCUGACAAAAACAUUCUUAUAGUGAUAGAUGGAUUGGAUGAAAGUGAGUACCGCGGACGAAAUGAGCUGCUAGAGCUUAUCUCUGACCACUUUAGCAAACUUCCAUGUUGGAUUCGAUUUCUCAUUACAACUCGUUCAGAAAUAAACAUCUCAGAAAGGCUCAAGAAAUUCCAACCUCUUGAGUUGAAGCCAGACGAUGAAGAGUCUUUAAAGGACUUACGGUUGUUGUUUGAAAAGAAACUAAGUCAUUUGAUUCAGCAAGGUUAUCAGGAAACCGUCAUACCUGAGCUGGUUAAAAAAUCCGAAGGACUUAUUUUAUAUGCCUAUUUGCUAGCUGAUUUUUUAAGUCAGAACGUGCGUCUCCUUACUCCAGACAAUUUGGACAGUACGUUACCCUCCGGCAUUUCCUCUGUGUACCAAACCUAUUUCCAGCGUCUGGAAGAUGAACUUUCCAGAGAACUGAACAUCAAAGAGGAGCAGUUCUUAACCUUCCUAAGCGCACUCGUGUCUGCAAGAGAACCUUUGCCGAUAGCUUUCAUUACUGAAAUUAUCCUGACCGCUAAAAACUCUUUAGCUGAUUGGCGAAAAGUAAGAAAGGCAAUCACAUGCAUUUCAUCUCUGUUACCUGUUCGAGAUGACCGUAUUUACUUCUUUCACAAGUCAGUUAAAGACUGGUUGACUGACAAGACCUCUUAUGGGCAACACGAUUUCACUGUGGAAGAAACGGAAGGCCAUCGUGUUCUCUCUAAACUUUGUGCCAAGGAACUUGACGAUGUUAAACAUAAAGAUGUACAAAGCGAAGCGUUUAACAGCACCAUCAAGUAUGCCUUGCAGCAUGGUGUUCAACACAUGUUGGAAAUGGGAAACUGUUCUAACAAAAGUAUUUUGGAAGAAAUUGUGAAGAAAUAUGUGAUAGACUUACAACUUGUGUAUUUGAAAAUUUGUGCAGACAAUACAGCCGCGUCAGAAGACAUCGUUUUUGUUAAAAAACAAUCGUGUUUUGAUAAGUUGAAUGUGAAAGUACAGAAUGCCCUCACUACUUUGUUGUUCUUGUUGAGAAAGUUCAUCGCUGAGUUAACACAGCUACCUCAUGUGAUCUUCCAAACCCUAUUGAAUGAAGGAGGUCCUGAUCUGUCUUCUGAAGCGUUAACCCUUUUGACGGGAAAGUAUUCCAAGAUACCAUGUAUGGUGUACAUGUCCCAGGAUAGGAACAACCAGGUGACAACGAUGAAAGCCCAAUUUGAAACGUCGUCUGCAGUGGCCUGUUUCGACGUCUCACCACAUCGAGACUACAUGGUUUGUGAAUGUAAGGAUGGCACCAUUCAACUUUGGUCGUUGACCACAGGCAAACUUCUUUGGAAUCGUGCCGUGAUUGUCGCUAAGCGAUUUCGGCCGAAAUUUAAACGUGCGUAUAGAAUGGUCCCAUCUUCAGAGGUGUUAUGUCUUUACCGCUCCGUUGUAUUUCACCCCACCCAGGAAGUUGUCUUACCGGGCAUUCUCAGCCACGCUUAUACCUUUAAGGGAGAUCUGAGGCCACUUUUUCCCAAAAGUCAAUGCGAGUUUGCAGUUUGCUCCGUUUCUGGGGACAAGGCCUCCAUAUUAACGGAUAGUCCACAUGACGCUAAAUGUAUUGUUUUGUGGAGUCUAGUGUCCGGUUCAGAGAUUUCUCGCACAACAAGAAAAGAAGAUGUGCUGUCCUUUGCUUGGUCUCGAAGUGGAAGUAUUUUAGCAAUUUCUUACUCAACUGGCUCUGUUGAUUUGGUUGAUGUCAGGGACAGUUUUAAGACGCUGGCACAAACAAGAAUUCCAGAAGUGUGCGGAAUGAUGAAGUUCUUUCCUGUUCAUCGACACCUUAUAUGCCUGCACGAGUCUACAGCAGAUUUGAUUUCCUCAAAAAGGUACAUUUUGAAUGUCGAUGGAGAGAAUAUUAGCCAAAUCUCUUCUUCAGAUGUUCCUUUGGAAAAGACUCCAGGCAGAAGGUACGAUUCACUGUGUGAAUGUGGUUUUUUGUUUGGAGAUCCUCUUCCCUGGAUACCGCAUAUUACAUUACCAUCGACAGAGUUUUUGUUGGAUAAAAACACUCUACUUGGAGUGUAUAAAAUAUCCACCAGAAUUUUAAUGCUGAAUGCCAAUAGUCCUACAGACCCAGCAGCUAUUUCCUCCACUCAAGUCAACGUUAACAACGUGGCAUUUUCUUUGAAUGGAGAGACUUUAUACAUCGUCAUUGAAGCUGCUGUACCUUGGGCUUUGGGUUGGGACGUAAGGAAUGGAGAGCUCGCAGCAAAGAAGAGGUUACCGGAAAAUACAGAGCAAACUUGGCUUGUACCAGUCAGAGAUGGUGUACUUUUGGCGACAAAUGGACGCACACUUGAACUCUGGAAUUUUCAGUUGUCUAAGUGCACUCGACGGUGGUCCGAUUUGCGCCAAAUUGCAGAUAUUAUCCUAGUAUCAGAAGAACGUGUACUAUGUGCUAAAGACACAUUUGAGUUGAACAUCGUAAAUACAGUUUCGGAUGAAAUUGAGGCUACAAUGUUUACACAUAAAGAAGAAUGCAUUCCAUGCAACAAUAAACGCCACGUGAUAACCUCUGAAGAACGUGUGCCAUGUGCUAAAGACACAUCUGAGUUGAACAUCGUAAAUACAGUUUCAGGUGAAAUUGAAGCAACGAUGUUUACACAUGGAAAACACGUGCACUGCAUUGCAUGCAACAGUAAAUGCCACGUAUUAACCUCUGAUAAUCAAACGGUUCAGCUGUCGGAUGAUAAAACUGUUUUAUGGAAAAAGGAUAUGAGUGUUUUGUGCGGGCUAUUUUCUCCAGAUGAGAGUCUUGUCAUUCUGCAGAGGCAGUGGUUUGGAGAGGAUUUGAUGGUCCUUAAUGCAGUUUCGGGAAUCACACUCUUUUGCAUAGCCUGCUUGCCUAUUCCUUUUGGCUUCCAGUUUAUCAGUAAUGAGGAAAUUGUUGUGAGUUCGUUUGAUAGGAGAGUUAAGCGUCUUCGACUCUUCAGUGUCAGGUCUGGUGACUUACUCAGUGUCCUUCAUGUGGAAAGAGAGUGGUCCUGUGUAGCAGCUUGCCGGAAUAAGCGACUCGUAGCUGUUGGAUUAAAUGACUCUAGCCCCAACUUCAAACUUGUUUAUGUAAAAUUGCCUUGUGACGGAGAAGAUAGAGGAAACAACAGCAUUGACGACAGGCUGGAGAUGGGACUCCACCAGAGCAGCCGAAAGAGGAGUCGUUUGAAUUGCUUGCUUUCCUGAUGAUGCUCAGAUGGACGAUGCAUCGGUAAAAAGCGAUCAAUAGAAGAUUGAAAUUAGGUCAUACUUGAAGUGAGAUGAGGAACGUUUUUUAAGUUUCCCCACUCAGUUUUUAGCACGUUUAAUCGCAUAUUAUCGCUGUACCAAUGAGCUAAGAGAGAAACCUCCACUACAAGUUAAGUAACCAUGAGCAAAAUUUAUAGCUAUCACAAUACAAUUCUAAAGGCACUCUG